AUGACAAGGUUGACUGGAGUGGUGGAGCAAAGGAGGAGACGGCGGAUGCGAUGGAGCCAAUGGAAAGAAGAUUAA